AUACUAGCUCGAUCGAGCCUCCAGUCAUUCACGCCUACUAUAGCGCGUAUACGUCACGUGCGUACGUGCCCGCUGAUUUAGUUGUAACGCGCGACUUUUUUCUCAUUACGAGGCAAUGUCUCGUGAAAAUCCACAGUGAUAAUAGUUGAUAAUAGUUUAUGUGAAAUCUAUUGGAAUAUUGACCGAGUACGCCCGUAUAGCUCAACGUCCAGAUUGACGCAGAGCAACGAAACAAUCAAUAAAGUGAAGAGGGGCUCGAUCGAAGCAAGAAUUUUUCUUCCAAUCUGGAACGAUUUAUGCCGCGCAGUCGACGACUCUCAAGCAUAACCUCCAGCGAGUCAACAAUAGUAGCGAAUCGUAGGCCGAUGCGAGUAUUUACUGAUGACCCACACUUGAUGAUUAAAGAAGCGUCGGAGCUCAGCUACUGCUGCUGUUGCUUAGCCACAGUUUAGUGGCCGGUUUACUUCAGUACGCAACAGGUCCACUCAAUAAUUUCAAAAUUGAUCGCUCCGAAAAUCCUGUCACGAUGGCUGUAUUCACAAAAGUUCGGUAUUUGUUUGCGAUCAUGUUGUGCAUUGCCAACAUGAUCAUUUACGGGCAAAAGGUAAACAUUACGGUAGCCAUGCACCAGAUGUCAAAAGAAAUGAAUUCCGAUGGUAGUUUUAUUGAACCGCCAACCGGGGAAACGAGAUACGAAUGGACUGAAGAAGAUAAGCAGGACCUCUCUACGUUUUAUUUUGCUGGUUAUAUGUGUGGAAUGUUUAUGGCAGGCUAUUUUGCCGAUCGUUUCAAUACAAAAGUAGUUUUGUUGAUCUGCGUUCUUGCCAAUGCUCUCGGGACGUUACUGGUGCCAUUUUGCGCUUUCUCUCUAGCACUUCUUUAUGCCAUUCGUUUUAUUAUGGGUUUGAUAAGUGCAGCUAAUUUACCGAUCGUCAACAUUUGCGUUGGUAAAUGGGUUGUCUACGAAGAAAAAAGUAUGUGGGUCGCAAUAAUUUACGCCGGAACAUCUCUUGGUACAGUCAUUUCCAUGUUUACAUCGAGCUGGAUAAUUGAACUUAGCAAUUGGCAAAUGGUUUUCUACAUUCACGGUGUGUUGCCCUUGAUUUGGUGCCUCGUGUACUUCAUGUGCUUUACGGACUCUCCCGAAGAUCAAAAGCUCAUAACCGAAGAGGAAAGAGCUUUGAUUGUCAAUAGCUUUGGUCACAGAACUCCAAAUAGUGCGGGCAAAAAAGCUCUACCAUGGAAAGCUAUUUUCACAUCUAAACCAUUUUUAGCUCUCCUUGUAACAAAUACUCUAGGAAAUUUCACCUGGUACUUUUUAUUGACACAAAUGACCACGUUUAUGAUUAAAGUUUUAAAGUUUAACAAUUCAGAGAUAAAAAAUUUGAUUGCGAUUCCUUAUCUGCUAGGCGCCAUAUUUAACUCAUGUUUCGGAAAACUUCUCGAUUAUGGAAGAAAGUCUGGAUGGUGGUCACAAACUGUUGCGAGGAAAAUUGCUGUGACUAUCAGUUGCAUACCAGCUAUUAUUCUUCUGCCAAUUAUAAUGAGUCUUGACGAGUCACAGAGAUAUUUAAGUUUUGGAUUACUUACUCUCACCAUUAUAUUUUCGGGAUCCAUUUUCAUCGGUCACUUGACAAAUCAAAACGAUCUUGCGCCGAAUUUUGCUGGUAUUUUGAUGGGUAUAACAAAUACACCCGGUACUCUGCCAGCAUGUAUUAAUCCAAAGCUUGUUGGAGCACUCGUGAAAGAUGUGAAAAAUGGUAAUGAUUGGCUCCCAAUAUUUAUUCUCAAUAUUGUGUGUCAAAUUGGUGCUUUCCUUGUUUUCAUCAUUUUCGGUUCGGGUGAAAUACAAGACUGGAAUUAUCCAGGUGGUGUCCGACCACCUCCGCCAAAAUAAAGAUAAAACUCACAUUUUAUCUAUAAGUAUUUUAGAAUCGAAAAAAAUCUCAGUUAUUUUUAAUAAAUGUUUUUUUAUAUAAAAA